AUGGAUCUUUCUAUACCGUACCCUGCAGAUGUUAUUGGCGUAUUACAAGAUGUUUUGAAGACCCAAACUGGAAGUGGUGGUAGGAAAUCUUGUGUCAAUGUAUCUAUACGUGAUGUCGAAGGCAACGUCAUUGAGCUGGUGUUAUGGGAAGAUUACGGCAAACAGUUCAUCAACUACACUACCCCUAACAACUUUGCUGGUCCUACUAUAAUUGUAUUGACACAUGCAUGGUGCAAGCCAAAUACAGUGUCGGGAUUACCGUGUCUUUCCAACGCAUGGAGCGGUUCUAAACUUUACAUCAACAUGGAACAUCCACAAGUGGAUGAAUUCAAAGCUAGUUUUGGUGCCAACUUACCUGCCCCUUCCCAAUCAUUGACUGCUAAUUCAUCUGACUGUUUUGCAACAACCAUAGGGACUACCACUGGAUUUAAUCCCUCCAAGUUUGGAUGGUAUUUUGAAUCUUCUGGAAAUAACGAUGCUGAACGCGUUACCAAAUUCAAACUUGAGGUGGAGGUGGAAUAUGAUAACCAUAAGGGGAUCUUUGUUUUUUGGGAUAAGGAUUGUAUCCCUUUUACUAAGUUGACUGCUCAGGAAAUAAGAGAAAUUAUGAAGAAGGGAGCUAAUGCUGCUGUAAUGGAUGUGGAAAUAGCUUCUCCAGCUCUUAUACCAAAUCAACUUACACAAACUUGCGAACCAUCAAUUGUUGCUGAACCAGAUUCGACUGCUACGCAUACGGGGAGUCCUUCUGCAAGUUGCAACAGUACUCCUGCCAAGAGGGAUAUUAUGUCAACCUCAAUUAACGACGUGAUUCAGUUUGAAGAACUCACUCCUAAACAACCAGCCACUAAGGGCACCAAAGGAAAAAAGACCAAGCAAUUAAAAAAGGAUUAA